UUACGGCGUCACCGUUUGAUAGUGCGCCACCGGUGUGAAAUUUGAAAUUUCCAUGCGUCUACAUUCCUUUCGUAUGAUUUAGGAUAUUACAAUGGAGAUAACAGAUGAGAAUCUUCAGACAUUGUCUAACUUCUUACAACAAACCCUGUCACCGGACCCAGCUGUAAGAAAACCAGCUGAGAAGUUUCUGGAAUCUGUAGAAGGUAACCAGAAUUAUCCAUUGCUGUUGCUGAACUUGCUAGAUAAGGCCAAUGUUGAACAGCCAAUACGUGUGUCAGCAGCUAUAACAUUCAAGAAUUAUGUCAAACGUAACUGGAGAGUGGUAGGUAGACUUAAUCCUUUUUACUCCUCUGAAUGUCAAGGUUGA